AGACGUCCAAAGGUUUUGCCAAAUUGGGCACCCAAACGCUCCCUUUUCGGGACAAGAAUUCUCUCUCUCUCUCUCUCCCUCUCUCUCUCUCUCUCUCUCAAUGUCGGCUCCCACUCGGAGAUCAAGCGGCCCAGUCCUCCGCUCUCUCUCUCCCUCCGCCAAACUCCCCUCCCCGCCCACCCCUGACCGCCGCAGACCCACCUCCCCUCUGCCUCCGCGCGUCAAUCUCCACAUCCCGCCCCCGUCGACCCCUUCCCUGCGCUUCCCUCUCGACCGUCCGAUCUCCCCGAUCCGUUCCCUCUCCGUUUCCGCCCGUCUUAACAACAUCGUAAACAACCAGGUGGUGAAGAAGAAGCCUCUGGAGAAUCAGAAGCGGACGUGCAUGUGCUCGCCCACGACGCACCCGGGGUCCUUCCGCUGCAGCUUUCACAAGAACUUGAACGAUCAGAAACUGAAGUUCCCGUCGAACCGGCUUAACAUCUGGAGAACGGCCAUGACGAACUCGCUGGUUCGGAUCGGGACGGUGGAAGGGGAUCUGGUUAGGAGGGCCCUGGCGGCUCUGAUCCGGCCUUCGUCUCACCAGCAGCGGCGGCGCGCCGCGUUUAACCCAACGCCAAGCCGGCUUUCUAUUAUGUCCAAUGCGAACGACGUGUGAAUCGUGAUGAGCCUGUGGGUUUUCCGGUAAUAACGUCUCGGUUUUGCGGUGAUAUUUGUUGGGAUGCGUUGACUAUCUCAUAAAAAAACCCGCGGGUGUUGAUGCAGCCUUGUGUCCUUUUAUCACGCUCGAUCGCCAAUGGGUCAACUUAACUUGGCCCUUUUGGGCUUCUGCCUUGGACCUGGCAAGCCUGACAGGAUGCUGGACUUGGCCCACCUGACCCCAGCCCGUCAUACUUGACUUACCGGCCUGAUAGCAAGGAGGAGGUACUUCCGGCCGCCACAUACGCAGCGGCGGUGGCGGUAUAAGAUCCCGGUGAAUUCUUGCAAAGUCUGGCGGAUGGAGAUGAAGGUAAUGUUCAUCAUCUUUUAUGUAGUCUGGACCAUAUUUCGGGUCGUACGUGAACAAAUUUUGCCUUUUGCGGGUAUGUACAUAUACGGGACCAUAUAGAAUCGUGGCUCUUGUAGCCAAUUGAUUGAUCUUCUCUACUGCAAAGAUUAUCAUUCAA